AGAGGAGAGGAGGGGAAGAGAAGGGCAAGGAGCAUCCAUCCUCCAUCCAGCAGCCGGGCAGGGAGUCACGCUCCUGUCCCCUGCUAUCCCCUGCAGCCGGAGUGGCCAGAGGGCUGCGGGCUCCAGUGGCCGGACAGGGAGAUCCAGGAGCUCCGGCGCUGCAGACAGCAUGGACCGUCUGAUCCGGCUGCUGCUCGGCUUCCUCGCCGUGUUCCCCCUCCAGAGCCAAGCAGCGCCCAAAGUGGUGAACAUCGGCGCGGUGCUGAGCACCAAGAAGACGGAGAAUAUCUUCAGGGAGGCGGUGGCGCAGGCGAACCGGAAACACGGAACCUACAAAAUCCAACUCAAUGCCACGGCGGUCACUCACAAACCCAACGCUAUCCAGAUGGCCCUGGCAGUGUGUGAAGACCUGAUCAGCAGUCAGGUUUACGCGAUAUUGGUGAGUCACCCACCCGGCCCAAGUGACCACCUCACCCCUACUCCUGUGUCUUAUACAGCUGGCUUCUACCGAAUUCCUGUCAUUGGCUUGACCACACGCAUGUCAAUAUAUUCAGAUAAGAGUAUCCAUCUCUCUUUUCUCCGCACUGUGCCACCGUACUCCCAUCAAGCUCAGGUCUGGUUUGAAAUGAUGAGGCGUUUCCGUUGGGGACACAUCAUUCUGAUAGUUAGCAAUGACCAUGAGGGCCGGGCAGCACAGAAGAAGCUGGAGACACUCCUGGAAGAAAAGGAGUCAAAGAAUAAAAAAAGGAACUUUGAAAACAACGACCAACAUUCGUAUGACAGCAGGCGAGGACCAAAGGCUGAGAAGGUCCUACAGUUUGAACCAGGCACCACAAACAUGACAUCAAUGCUGCUAGAAGCCAAGGAGUUGGAGGCCAGAGUCAUCAUCCUAUCCGCCAGUGAAGAUGAUGCUGUAACAAUGUACAAGACAGCAACCUUCCUGAAUAUGACUGGGCCUGGCUAUGUUUGGCUUGUUGGGGAAAGAGAGAUAUCUGGCAGGGCCAUGCAGCAUGUUCCAGAAGGUGUAAUUGGUUUGCAACUGAUCGAUGGUAAAAAUGAAACAGCCCACAUCAAUGAUGCAGUGGGUAUUGUGGCACAGUCCAUUCAUGAGCUCUUUGAGAAGGAAAACAUCACCGACCCCCCGAAAGGUUGUGUAGGGAACACUAACAUCUGGAAAACUGGGCCACUUUUCAAAAGGGUUCUGCUGUCCACCAAGUAUCGUGAAGGGUUCACUGGACAAGUGGAAUUUAAUGAUGAAGGGGAUCGAAAAUUUUCCAACUACAGCAUUGUCAAUGUGCAGAAAGGGAAGCUAGUGCAGAUUGGAGUGUACAAUGGGACCAAUGUUCUGCUGAACGAUAAGAAAAUCAUCUGGCCAGGUGGCGAACUAAAUACACCUAAAGGCUUUCAGAUGUCAACUAAAUUAAAGAUUGUCAGUAUUUACCAGGAGCCUUUUGUAUAUGUGAAGCCAACACUACCAGAUGGAACAUGCGAGGAAGAGUAUACAAUUAGCGGGGACCCCAUUAAAAAAGUGAUCUGUACCGGACCAAAUGCAACUGUGCCAGGUCAUCCAAUUGUCCCUCAGUGCUGUUUUGGAUUCUGUAUUGAUUUGCUGAUCAAACUGGCGAGCACUCCGACCCUGAACUUCACCUAUGAGGUUCAUCUUGUCCAAGAUGGGAAAUUUGGAACACAGGAAAGAGUGAAUAACAGCAAUAAGAAAGAAUGGAACGGGAUGAUGGGCGAGCUGCUGAGUGGGCUUGGUGAUAUGAUUGUCGCCCCUCUAACCAUCAAUAAUGAACGUGCCCAGUAUAUUGAAUUCUCUAAACCCUACAAGUACCAAGGACUCACCAUUCUAGUGAAGAAGGAAAUACCUCGCAGUACCCUGGAUUCAUUCAUGCAGCCAUUUCAGAGUACACUGUGGUUGCUGGUGGGCCUGUCUGUUCAUGUGGUAGCUGUCAUGCUUUAUCUCCUGGAUAGAUUCAGUCCCUUUGGGAGAUUUAAAGUGAACAGUGAGGAGGAAGAGGAAGAUGCGCUGACCCUGUCCUCAGCCAUGUGGUUCUCCUGGGGUGUCCUGCUGAACUCUGGAAUCGGAGAAGGGGCCCCCAGGAGUUUUUCUGCUCGAAUCUUGGGCAUGGUUUGGGCUGGCUUUGCCAUGAUUAUCGUUGCUUCAUACACAGCCAACCUGGCAGCUUUUCUGGUGUUGGACCGACCUGAGGAGCGGAUAACUGGAAUCAACGAUCCCAGGCUUCGUAAUCCUUCUGAUAAGUUUAUCUAUGCUACGGUGAAGCAGAGCUCAGUGGAUAUUUACUUCCGUAGGCAGGUGGAAUUGAGCACCAUGUACCGGCACAUGGAGAAACACAAUUAUGAGAAUGCAGCUGAUGCUAUCCAGGCUGUGCGAGAUGGGUAUCAGGGCAUUUUUGACAAUGGACAGCAGUACAUUGGCAAACCAUUUCCAGGUGUAUACUACAUGGAGAUUGACCCAUACCUCAUCAUCAUCUCACUAGCCAUGCUCACCAAAUCUGUCUUCAGUUUCCAUGAAAAUGGUUUUAUGGAGGACCUGGACAAGACCUGGGUUAGAUAUCAGGAGUGUGACUCACGUAGCAAUGCUCCAGCCACUCUGACCUUUGAAAACAUGGCAGGUGUCUUUAUGUUGGUUGCUGGCGGGAUUGUUGCAGGAAUAUUUUUGAUAUUCAUUGAAAUUGCUUACAAACGGCACAAAGAUGCUCGAAGGAAGCAGAUGCAGCUGGCUUUUGCUGCUGUCAAUGUCUGGAGAAAGAAUUUGCAGGAUAGAAAAAGUGGUAGCGCAGAGCCUGACCCUAAAAAGAAAGCACCUUUUAGAUCGCUCACUUCAACACUGACCUCCAGCUUCAAGAGACGUAGGUCUUCCAAAGACACGCAAUACCAUCCUGAUAUAAGUGGGCAACUGAACCUCUCAGACCCUUCUGUCAGCACAGUGGUGUGAUUCUGUCCAGAACAUUGAAGUUUAAAAUGAGAAAGAAAUAUGAGAAUCAAGAAUUAUUGGCCAAAGCAGCAAGAGUUUAGAUCACCAGCAAUGACCACAGCGAAAGGGAAGGAAAGUAAAAAAACUUCAGUGGAAUCACAAAAUCAUCAGUGUUAGUGUCUUCUGAAAACCUGCAGUGUUAAAGUUACUGACCCCCGUCUCUGCUACUCAGCAAAGCAUUACUAUACGAACAUACAAACCAGAAGUAGGCCAUUUGGUCCUUCAAAUCUGUUCCACCAUUCAAUAAGGUCAUGGUUGAUCAGGUUUUUGUCCCGAAUUCUACAUUUCCAUCUAUUCCAAUGACCUUUGAUUCCCUUGCCUAUCAGGAAUCUAUCUACCUCCGCCUUCUCAGUACUUUUGUUUGCAUAUAAAGUCUUUACUAUGAGUUAUUCAACAAAAUUAUUCAUUAAAAACUUUAUUCUUCACUGAACCAUUUAUAUUAAAGUUAGUCAUAAAAUUAUUAACACAGAGGAAAAUGGGUGGCAUAGUGAAUUAGCACAGUGCGCCUCUGGGACCUAACAGGAACCAAUCCAAAACAAAAGUGGGACAAUUUAAAUUCAGUAUGAGGCAUGAGGCACAGAAUGACCCCCGUGUUCAGCACAAAUUGGCAAACCCAAUCACAGGCACCAAAGGAGGGCUACUAUGAGAAAAAAAUAAUCAAAAUGGUAAGCAUUCUGAAGGGAUUUUGGGGGAUUGUAGAACAUAAUGAGCUUGUAAAGAGUACAAACAACUUGUUGUAUUAGUGAAGAUUACUAUUCAAGAUCUACAAAUAGUGUUAAUUUUUUUUUGUCACCACAUUUAUUUAACCAUGUUCUAAUACAAUGGAAGCAUGGUUUGUUCUACUUGUAUUGUUAUUCGAAAGAGUAAAAUUGGCAAUCUUCAGGACAUUCACAGACAAAUACUUAUUACUUGUAAGCAAAUCCAUUGUUUAGUGCUGGGCAUGAGAAAUUACUGUUAGUUCUAGUAUCACAAUGGCACCUCCAAACACUGAUAUAUUGUUCUGCAUUCUACUCAGCAGCACAUAACAUUCACCGUAGGUUUGCUAGCCACCCUUCACGUUGGGAGCUGUGGUUGCAGUGAAUGUCUUCUAUCAUCUUUAAUUGUGUGCACACCUGGAAGAACUUCACAACUGGCUUCCUCUAGGAAGAUUGCUGUGGAUGUUCUAUUUUGUCCAAAUCUAGGUUCACAAACUGGAAAUCAGCCCGAUGUCAGAUUCACACUGAAACAGAAAAACUCUCCCCAAAUCUUUCUAACACUAAUAAUUAAUCAAUUUCAAGGCAUAUCCCAGGAUCAUUUUCCAAAGAAUGAAGGGGAGAUGAGAAUAAAUGUUUCACUGGGUCAUGCAGACAAGGAACAUUUUACCAGAAAUGGUAACUGCAGCCAGGCCAUAAUUUUAUUUAUAGUGAAAUUGUAUAUGUAUUUGAAAAAGAAUAUAAAUGCUUAUGAGAAAGAUGAGAAAAAAGAAUUAGAGUAGAUAUUUUCAGCUAUCACCUAUCAGAAAACAGGAGUGAUGGGGCAAAAGUUCUUUCUAUAUUGUGAUUUGUACAAAAGUGGAAAAGCCUAUUUUAUAGUCACGCUUUACCAACAUCAGUGAAUGGAAGUGCUAAUUUAAUGGGAUAUCAUUAGCUAUCAUGUCCCAGUGCACUGGGCCAAUAUCAUUAGUGCACUGGCAACUAUUCAUAUCUUGUUGGUUUAGUCUUUGGACAAAUUAUAACCAAUAGGAUUCUACAAUAUAGCAGAAUGAGGAAGUUACCCCAGCCUCUACAGCAUGCCCUUCGCCUGGUACAGAUGAAGAAAUUCCCAGAGAUUAUGACAGUCCAAACAAGGCCCAGUCUAUGGGAAUCAUUCCAGAUAUCUUUAGGGCUUUGAAACCAUUAGGUUAUGACAGUUCUAUAUGUAAAUAAGGCAGAAAUAAAUAAAUGGAUCAAUUGGGGGUUCAGAUGGGAUGGGGGAACAUAGAACAUUUAAUAUCUUUCAGGUAAACUACCAAUUUUGUGGCAUCCUGUCUCAUGCAGGACACUAUUAAUUAAACAUUUUACAUCUCACCUCAACCAAAUGACCAUCUUCUAAUUUAUUGACAGCUCUGCAUUUAUAAACAGAAAAUGCUGCAAACACCUUUCUCAUUAUGACCGCAUCAAUACAGAAACAGUGUGGAUGUUUCAAAUAACUGUCACUUCAUCAGAAUUUCCUCAAAUUGUAUGUAAGGUCGUUGAUCUGAAACACGAACUCUUUCUUCACUGAUGCAACCAGGCUAGCAGAUUAUUUCCAGUAUUUUCAUUUUUCCUUUCAAAUUUACCGUACCCAAACAACUUUUCCUAAAAAAUAAUUUUAUUUGUUUUGAAAUAUUGUCCUUAUCAGAUCUUAUAUAAAACAUCUAAUAUUUCCAAAUAUGUUUAGAACUGAGAUUGAAGUCCAUGAAUGAAGCAGCAACACUGUUACUGAUCCACCUUACCUAAGAAUCCCUGUAAAAUUAAUUUAUAAUUUAGAUUUAAAAAUGCUGGUGUUUGCAUUCCUUCCACAAAGAUAACAAUUGCACUCUUUCUUUAAAUGUGCAUUUGGUAUCUCUCAUAGACAAUAAUAUUUUUCUCCAAUUUGUUCCUGGUUAUAUACUAUAGAGCAACAUUGAACAACAUUUUAUUUUAUUGAACUAAAUUGCUUUGAAAAUUCUUACAUAAUUCUUCCAAGCCGUUGUGAACAAGAUAGAAAUUAUGAUUCCAUUUUUAUAAUGACAAGAACUAGAGAUCUGUUAAAUCAUUUUAUAUAGUUGAAUUGUAAAGUAGAAUUUGUGAUUGUAAUUUAAUGCUAGGGAGCUAUUGCCAUAUCUGCUUUCUUAUGGGAAGUCCUGUAAUGUACUUAACUUGUCUCAUUCACUGCUAUAGGAUGCUGAUACAAAUACAGGGGAUUUGCUGUAUUGCUCCUUGUGCCAGUGAGUCAUAUACAGUGCCUGAGAAUAUUUGUUUUAGUUCAUAGUCAAUCUGUAUUGGGUCUGGUGAUAAGUAAUGCACGGUACUGAAAUAAACACAUUUUUCAACAAUUCUGGAACAAUUAAAAUGAAUCAUUCUAA